GGAGGUUCGCGGAAGGAGGGAGGGACGCUCGUAGAAGAAUCUGACCCGCAGCUUCAGCAGCAAUUGGAGCCGCGACGCACCGAGAGACGGAGGCCGCCGAAACUAAUCAACAGGGCCGAGCAGCACCUGGACCAUCGAUCCAGUUCACCGGGGAGGCGAUCAAUCAGGCUUGCCGUUAACCUUCGGACGGAACGCGGAGGAGUAAUUCAACGUCAACGGCUGCUCUUUUUUUUUUUUUUGACUUAUUACCGGUGACAACAUGGCUGAAUGUAACGUUAGCAUCGACCAGAAGAAACUACCGGGAGUCAAAGAGGUGUGUCGAGACUUUGCAGUGCUGGAGGACCACUGCCUGGCCUACAACCUCCAGGAGCAAGAAAUCGAGAGCCACUUGGCCUCCAACGUCCAUAAGAGCCGCCUGGUGCAGAAGGACCUGCAGGUCGCCAAGAAGCUGCAAGAGGAGGAGGACAAGCGGGCCAAGAUCCAGAGCCAGAAACAACAUGGUGACCUUGAGCGACAAGACAAUGAGAUCGCCCAGGAGAUUCAGGAAGAACUGGUCCGACAGGCGGAACAACAGCGACAGCAGGAAGAGAAGGACGCGGCCAUCGCUCGUAAGCUGCAGGAGAAGGAGAUGAAAGAGGAGAAGCGGCGACAGAAGCAGCUGGAAGCGAACUUUGAGGAGGAGUACUUUGAGGACCGUGGAGCCGCUAGAAGACCCCUCGACCUGGACAAACACGGCCGUCACAAAUCCCCCGGCCGACACGAGGCGAGCUCCCGCCGCGAUUACUCCCCAGAUUACAGCUCGACAGAACCCAAACGGAGCCGCUACCCGAAGCUGGACUCGGUGGCACCCCACGGUCGCUCCAGAUACCCGGAGCACUACUUGGUGGCGGAGGGAGGGCGCAGUAGGCACGCAGAUCCAUACCCAGAACACCUGCUGCCCUCCAGAGGCAAACACGGGGACCGAUAUCCAGAUUACGAGUCCAGCAGGACCAGGGACCCGGGAGGGGAGGACUCGGAUAGAGUGGUGAGGAGGAAGGAGAGACCGGCUAGACCUCCUCAACCACACGUUCCCAUAGAACGAGACAAGGACUGGAACAAAGAUAGAGACAGACGUAGGGACCAGGAACGGGAGAGACACAUGGAGAAAGACCACAGGAGAGACCGAGAUCAGGACCACAGGAGAGACCGAGACCAGGACCACAGGAGAGACCAGGACCACAGGAGAGACCAGGACCACAGGAGAGACCGAGACCAGGACUACAGGAGAGACCAGGACCACAGGAGAGACCGGGAAAGAUCCAGAGACCGAGGACAGAGUGGAGACAGACACAGAGAAAGACAAAGAGACAGAGACAGGCGACGAGAAAGAACCAGGAGCAGAGACAGAGGACUGGACGAGGAGUUUGUAGAGGCGGGACACAGCAGACCGAGGGAGGGCAGAGCAUCCUGGGAGGAGGAGGAGGAUGAUGGGAGUAAAGCUAGGGGUCGGCGGCGAGUCCACUCUGGCCCCGAAGACGUGUUUGACGAACGGAGAGGGGACGCUCUGCAGCUCUGGGACCCACGAGAUGACGAGGGUCCCAGCAGGGAGCGCAGUCAAAGUCACCCGACCAGAGAGACAGGUCGUAUUGUUCACCGGGGCAGCGGAGCGGUCAUAGCAGAAACCGAAUACGGACUGAACGAGGCCACCAAGGGUCUGACGAACCUCGAUCUCCGUGAGCAGGAGCUGAAGGACAUGGAGGUGGCCCGGAAGAUGCAAGAGGAGGAAAUCAAGGCCAGUAAGACACAUGUUCGUGCAGCCCAAGUAGCACAAGAUGAGGAAAUCGCCCGACUGCUGAUGGAACAAGAGAAGAAGGAGUACAAGAAGAACCGUGAGCGGGAGAAAGAGAAGGAGCGAGAGAGGGAGAGGCUGGCCAUGGAGAGGAUGGCGAUGGAGAGAAGGCGGCAGGAGGGAGACUACCGGCCAAACUCGGAGGAAGUGGUCCGGCCCAGAACAAGAGAUGAGUACGAGUACCAGAAGCAGAGGAACCACCAGAAGCCUGCCAAGCCUCCUCAACCUCGUGCACACGACUAUGAGAAUGUGAGCUCUGCUUACGGCUACUCAGACCACCCUGGUGCCCCUCGAGCUCCAACCAGACCUGAGGCUGCCUGCAGAGGUGCCUAUUACAAGCGGUGACUCAGGCUGAGUCCAGACGUGGUGUUAGUCCUCCUCCAUCCUCCUCCUUUUUAUUUAUCUUUUUGUUUUCCACCAUUUACACUCUGUUGACCAAAAGCCUUGGGACAAUCUAAUGAGUUGGCAAUGGGACUUUUAUUUUUUAUUUUUAUUGUUUUUUAGUUAACCUCCAAAGUCGGCCCUGAGUUGAGGAAGUGCUGGAACCAUCUUUCUUUUUUUUGUAUUUUUUUUUUUAAUUUGUAAAAUUUCUUUUAACUGACCAGCCAAAAGAGCAGACACUCAAACUCCCAUGAUCCUCAGCUGUCGAAACAAGAAGUGGCCCCUUGUCAUCAUCGUGUUUUGGGCUUUGUCUGCUGGAUUCAAACGUCACUUUUCUUCUUCGUCGGGUGCAACAUGAACGCAGUGUCUUAGAUUCCACCGUCAGCGGCUGCUUCCUGUUUCCUGUUUCCUGUCCACGUGCCACGCAGCCGGCGGCUCCGGAGGGACACUUUUAUGUUGCCGUUCUCAAACUGAACAAGCCUUUUAUCAUGGUGCUGGUAGCUCUGACACGUUCACCACGAGGAGGCGGAGCUGUGCGGCGAUCCGCGGACGCCGAUUGGCGCCACGACUGUAUAUGACUCCCCGUUUCUAUGUGCAUGCUUACUGUACGGCCGUAUACAUGCAUUUCAGCUGCCUGUUAACCGACCUGGCCGCCUCUUUAUCACCACAAAGGGCUAAAGCCACAAAAAGCCGAUAAUCUUCUCUUUACGAAUGAUCAAAGUAUCCGCUCGCUCAUUAGCCGUCGUGCAAUAUUAUCACCUUUCUGCCACUUUUUCAUAUCAGCUUGUCGUUUACGGACCAAAAUCGGCCCGCAGAAAGAAGCAAAAUGAAAUGCAUGUACGUUGUUCGUCUGUGUCCGACCUGAAGUCAUGCUUUCGCCACAGACGUUUUUGAAUAUUUGCUCUUGUUUAAUUUUUUCUUGCUUUUUUAUUUAAAUUUUUAUUAUGUACUCGUGCUACCAAAUCAUGCCUCCCGUUUUCUCCUCUUCUGAAAUGUUGCGUCCUGUUUCUUAUCUCUGUUUAAAAAGGGAGCCUUAUAUUUAUUUUUCUAGUAUAUUUUCUCACCCUUCCUUACAUUGUCCCCCCCACUCCCCUCCAAAAGCUUCCACUUCCAGUCCUCUCCUCUUUAUCUGUGACUCGGAAGCAGACUCCACUUCCUGGCUGCAGGAAAAAAAACAAAUAUUUCCACAGUAGAAGUGCAUCUGGAUGAAGGGAAAUCAAAGGAUCAGCUGGGAAAAACUCACUUCCAACCUAAGUUCCUGCUCAAAUGAACCUAUUUUAGCGUUUUUGCCGCUCCAGGAUCUGAUAUUUUCUGUUCAUAUUGAAUAAGGAUGAAAUUUAAGAGCACAUUUUGAACUUUUGAGUUUACUGAGACGUUUCUUUCGGGGCUGUUUCCAAGUUCUCAUGUCGUUAUAAAUGUUGCUGAAAUUGUAAAUCGGCCUCCUGCUGAAGAGAAGGAAUUUUCUUUACUAAAGUGUGAGAUGUUUGUGUUUGACAUCGGGAGUUAUUGAUAAUUUGUGCUAAAUGCUGACAGAAUGGGAUGUGUGCCAUAUGCUUGUCUUUUCUUUUUAUUUCAGGGAUUUGAAAAUAGGAAAGUAGUCGUGGUUGUAGCAGAGCCACCACACCCACCGAGGUGGGUCUCCUAAUUUAUUCUGUGAUGAGAGCGCCACCUUGUGGUCGACAUUUGAGGAGGAAUGAAAAAAAUACAGAGUUGAUGUGAUCGGAUGCGUCUUUGAUUGUGUAUUUGUGGAUGUUUUGUGCAUCAGACUUUGGAUUCAAGUGUUUUUGUUUUCUUUCAUCUAGGGCUUGUAUGCAAUCUACCAAUCAUGGAUCAACACUCGAGUGUUGGCACUUGCUGUAACAGAACUUUUUUUAAGUGAAAUGAUGAAGUUGCUUUUACUUCUAGCAUCUUAAAAUGUAAUAAACUGUAUCAGCAUUUCCACUGAAA